AUGUAUGCACCUUCAAGGGCAUACGCUUACCCUCAAGCACCAGCUGGUUUCCCGCAGGUACCCUUCAAUGGGCCACCGCCGAAGCCACCUCAUAUCCGCGCGAAUCCCCAAGACUGGCAGAAUGGGUCUUGGUCCAUCAACCCUGCUUUCAACGCGUCGCAAUGGUCUGUAUCGUCGGCGGCGGCAGCUUGGGUGCCUUCCCAGUCAUGGGCUCAGCGUCAAGCUGCCGAAUGGCAAGUUCAACAGCAACAAAUGGCGGCAGCAGCCCAUUACAACCCUUUCAAACGCGUUCCAAGACCACCAAGUGCUGAAUACCUCGCCACGAAACUUUCCGAUAAUCCUUUGGGCUUAAUCAACAUGAUCCCCAGAGAAACGCUUUUUGGUCCUAAAACUGAUGGUAUGGCUGCUGCAACACCAUGGGUCUGGAAUCCCCGCAAUUUGCAAGACGAGGACAAUGAUACUGAACCGGAGACGGCGCCAACCUCGAAUUCUGGUCCAACUACAAAUUCAGCCCCACCUCCAAAUUCAGCCCCACCAAUUUACGCACGCGCUCAACAACCCCAACCGGAUGUUCCAGAUCAAAGUAGACGCGCUACAACAGUCCCAGCCCGCCACUCCUCCGAGCCCCCAGCAGAGCGACGUCAGUCCUUUGACGAUAGGCCCCGUCGCCACAACCAACCAGAUGACAUUUUUACUUCGCGAGAACUCCAACCCACAUUCUCCACUAACAUCGUCCGUACCCCAGAUCAUUACAGAACGCGGAGCUCGAGCGCUGGCCCUUCCCCAUCGCCUCAACCUAUUUAUGGACCUCCCGCCACGCCUCGUCGUGCUUCAGUAGAUUCUGACUUGUCGAACCGCAUGGAGCGUUUGAACACAAACUCCCUCUCUCGGCAUGCUUCUUUACCAGCUCCUCUUAGUGCCCCUGCUACUUCAACAUUCAUGACCAGUGGCUCUGCUUUGGUUGAGGAACCGGGCAACUUACUCAGUCCACUCGUGGGAAUCUCAUCCAAUCAUAAGCAUUCACCUCGGCCACUGGGGCCAUCCUCUUCUCUCAACACUAUACCCGAGGGAUUUGACAACGACUCGACGCGGCGUUCACCAAAACGCAAAUCCAAGUCGGCUAAUCGCCGUUCCAGACAUACUUCGCCAGUUCCACAUUCAUCAGCGAGUUCACCUCCGCUUUCUAAUAUGUUUGGGAUACCACCGCCGAUGAAUGUUUAUCAAUCGGCGCCUCCCAAUGGACAAGAAAGUGUCACACCUCCCCACAACUUGACCCCACCGCAUAAUCCAACUGGGUCGUCAAGCUUGACUCCACCUCAUUCAGCCCAAUUACCCAACAUUACCCCUCCGAGAGCAUCAUCUCACAGUGCUUUCGCAACCCCUACACACCAGCCUGUCCCCGCGUCCUAUUCGCACCAUUCGUCGUAUUCAACGCCUGAUCAUUCGCUGUUAGCCUCGUCGUACUCAAGUCCAACGCAUCCAUCCACUUAUUCCCAGCAACCACUCCAGAACCCACUUCCAGCCCCGCCUCAGGAGCCGGUUUCGCGUGAGCCAGAUUUGCGCAUACCUAUACAGCGACCAGUGCCAGAUAAAUGGCGGACUAGGAAGCGUAUGGGAAUGUGGAAUCGACGAGGAGAUCAUCUGACGAUGGAUGGCUACAUAGUCUACGCACCGUCUAAUCGUGCUUAUCCAGAGGAGCUCAGCGAUUAUCCAGCCGAAAACGUUGGCUAUCGCGACCAUCGUGGUAGUGAGUUGAAAUAUUUGGAACGACCUGAGCUCCCGGAGUCUUUACCGCGCCAUGGGCAACCACCUCUGCAGCCGUAUGAUAAGUUUGUGGUAUAUGAAUACCAGCAAUAA